AUGAAAGCCCAGGCGUUGGCAUAUCAUUUGGCUGAAAACCCGGUUGACGAAGAAUACCAAACGUUGAGCACAUACUUUCUAGAUGAAGAGGUAAACACAAUAGAAGUAGUCCCUGAGGACGCUCAUGCUUGGAAAAUGUUCUUCGAUGGGGCAGUGAACGGCAAAGGUGUAGGGAUUGGGGCAAUUUUGAUCUCACCUACUGCUCAGCAUUAUCCGGCUACAGCUAGGCUCCGGUUCUUCUUCACGAACAAUACUGCUGAAUAUGAAGCCUACAUCAUGGGCAUGAAUAUGGCGAUUGACCAAGAUGUUGAAGAUUUAUUGAUCAUAGGGGAUGCAAAUUUGAUUAUCCGGUACAUCCCUCGGUGCCACAAUGAGCUAGCUGAUGCACUUGCUACUUUAGCCUCGAUGUUGCCUUAUCCAGGAAAUGCCUACAUCGAUCCCUUGGAAAUCCAAAUCAGGGAAAGGCAUGGUUACUGUAAUGCGAUUGAAGCAAGGCCAAACGUCCAGCCAUGGUACCAUGAUAUUAAGAGGUUUUUGAAAACACAAGAGUACCCCGAACAUGCUACUGGAUAUCAAAAGAGGGCCAUUAGGCGGCAUGCGAGUGGUUUCUUUAUGAGUGGUGAGGUCUUGUAUAAAAAAACCCCGGAUCUCAAUUUAUUGAGAUGUGUUGACGCUGAGGAAGCUAGAAGAAUCAUGCAGGAAGUGCACGCAGGAGUGUGUAGACCUCAUAUGAACGGGUAUGUCCUGGCAAAGAAAAUACUUCGAGCUGGGUAUUAUUGGAUAACUAUGGAAAAAGAUUGCUUCAACUUUGUCUGGAAAUGUCAUCAGUUUCAGGUGCACGGAGAUCUGAUUCAUGCACCUCCAAUAGAAUUACAUCCCAUGUCAGCACCUUGGCCUUUUGUCGCCUGGGGUAUCGAUGUCAUUGGUCCGAUCGAGCUGAAAGCUUCAAAUGGGCACAAAUUCAUAUUGGUUGCUAUUGAUUACUUCACAAAGUGGGUAGAAGCCAUCACUCUCAAAACAUUCACUAAGAAAGUUGUAGUGGAUUUUGUACACUCGAACCUUAUUUGUCAUUUCGGCAUUCCUGUAACUAUUAUCACAGACAAUGUGGCGAACCUGAAUAGUCGUUUGAUGGAGGAAUUACCUUUUGCCUUACUGGGAUAUCGCACUACAGUGUGCACAUCGGUAGGAGCAACCCCGUAUUUGCUGGUUUAUGGAACCGAGGCUGUGAUACCGGCAGAGAUGGAAAUUCCUUCGCUCCGGACAAUUGUUGAAGCAGAGAUCGAAGAUAGUAAAAACUUGAUUGGAACAGUUGACUUUGAUUUAUGA